AUGUUUAUAAUACUCGGUAAAAAUUUGCAUUAUAAAACAUAUGCUAUACCUAUGGCUGUAACAAUUCAUAUAUUCAUAAUUCCUUUUAUCGCUAUAACUGGGGCAACGCAGAGUCAACGAGGCAAAGCGAGGCGCGAGGUUGCUUUAUCUGCGCUGGCUCUGCGCGAAACAAUAUAUUUAUUGGACAGUAGCACGCGGCGCGACUCGAUCCCACCGGAUGAUCUAUUCGCCCCGCAUUUUGUGGCUAUUCGCGCGCCCUGCGAAGACGAUUACUUUUUCAACCAUUAG